UGUAAAUCCAUCAUCAUAUAACGAAUCCAAACAGACCUCAUUCAUUCAUUCAUUCUUCCCCAAACAAAUCUCUGUAUCGCAUUUUUCACACACACUAAAACACACACAAACACACACUGCGCGCGUUGGAGAAGAAAUGGACGAGAAACCGAAAUCUGCAAUGGAGGCAUUCGAAAAGCUGGAGAAAGUUGGAGAGGGUACUUACGGUAAAGUUUACAGAGCGAGAGAGAGAGCCACCGGUAAGAUCGUCGCUCUUAAGAAGACGCGCCUCCACGAAGACGAAGAAGGCGUUCCCCCCACCACUCUUCGCGAGGUUUCUCUCCUCAGAAUGCUCUCCCGAGACCCCCACGUUGUCAAAUUGAUGGAUGUGAAACAAGGCCUGAACAAGCAAGGCAAAACGGUUCUUUACUUGGUUUUUGAGUACAUGGAUACUGAUCUCAAGAAGUACAUUCGAAGCUUCCGCCAAACCGGGGACACCGUUCCAACGAAAAAUGUCAAGAGUCUAAUGUACCAGCUUUGUAAAGGUGUUGCUUUCUGCCAUGGUCAUGGUGUUUUGCACAGGGAUCUUAAGCCCCACAAUCUGUUGAUGGAUCGCAAUACAAUGAUGCUUAAGAUAGCUGAUCUUGGUUUGGCCAGAGCUUACACAGUGCCUAUCAAGAAGUAUACUCAUGAGAUAUUGACACUCUGGUAUAGAGCUCCUGAGGUGCUUUUGGGUGCCACACACUACUCCCCUGCAGUAGACAUGUGGUCUGUGGCCUGUAUAUUUGCUGAAUUGGUGACAAACCAAGCACUCUUUCCUGGAGAUUCUGAACUGCAACAGCUUCUGCACAUUUUCAGAUUGUUGGGAACUCCAAAUGAACAAAUUUGGCCUGGAGUUAACAAGCUAGUGAACUGGCAUGAAUACCCACAAUGGAGCCCAAAGCCAAUGGAAUCAGCUGUGCCUGGUCUGGAUAAAGACGGGAUAAACCUUUUAACUGAAAUGCUGCAGUACGAACCAUCAAAGAGGAUUUCAGCAAAGAAAGCUAUGGAGCAUCCGUAUUUUGAUGAUCUUGACAAGACUGGUCUCUGAAAUCUCGCUGAAUUCGGCUUAUUUUUGCUUGCUUCCCUCGAGCAUUAUUUCUUGGCCGUGUAAUCAACAUUUGCUGAUUUUUCUUACUAAAAACUUAUGCCUUAUUAGUUUCUUUCAACUUGUGUGUUGAUGUAACCCUAGCUUAAGCAGCACUUGUGCUUACUGAUAAACAAUGUAAUAUGCUUCAAACUUUUUUACUGGUUCCCUUAUUUCCCAUAA